UUGAUUCUUCCCGUGUGUGCUCUCUUCUUCGUCGAUUUCAAUCUCCGCUGCUCCGUCUUCAACCCUAACCCUAAUUUUUCUCUCCGAUCACCAGCCACAGCCAUGGUCUGCAUACGCAAAGCAACCAUAGAUGACCUUCUGGCCAUGCAAGCUUGCAACCUUUUUUGUCUUCCGGAGAACUACCAGAUGAAAUACUACUUCUAUCACAUUCUUUCCUGGCCUCAGCUUCUUUACGUCGCCGAAGAUUACAACAGUCGGAUCGUCGGCUACGUUUUGGCUAAAAUGGAGGAAGAAAGCAAUGAGUGUCAUGGCCAUAUUACCUCCCUUGCCGUGCUUCGAACGCAUCGGAAGCUCGGUUUGGCUACUAAGCUCAUGAGCGCGGCUCAGAACGCCAUGGAACAGGUUUAUGGAGCGGAAUAUGUCUCCCUUCAUGUGAGGAAGAGUAACAGGGCUGCUUUCAAGUUAUAUACCGAGACUUUGGGGUAUAAGAUCCAUGAUAUUGAGGCUAAGUACUACGCGGAUGGUGAGGAUGCUUAUGAUAUGAGGAAGCAGCUUAAAGGGAAGCAAAUUCAUGGCACUGGUCAUCACCACCACCACCACCAUCAUCAUCACCACCAUCACCACGGGCACGGGCACGGGCAUCAACACGGUGGUGGGUGUUGUUCUGGUGGUGAUUCUGGGAGUGUUGCUGAGAUAAAAGCAGAGUCUAAGGCCAAUGCAUCGAAAUCAGACUCUAAGGUUAAUGAGAAAUCUGGAUGAGGUGGGGGCUAUUUUUUGGUUUUGGUUUUUUGGGAAGUGGUAUUUUUAAUGGAUAAAUUGUUUGUGUUUGGAAUUUAUAAAUUCUGCAUUGUGGAUAAACUAUACUGUUUGCGAGUACUUAUCCGAUGCAGUUGUUGAUUAAUACCCUGCCUGAGAAACUACAUUGGCUUUUAGUACGCCAUGAAUCUUUUAGAAUCUGUUUUGUGCUUUCCA